AACAACACAGGCACACGUGCUCCACUCCCUUCUUCUGUAAAGCUCGAGGCUGAAGGGCAUAGAACGAAGUUUUGGGAGAAGGGAAAGCAGAAAGCUAAGAAUCGCCAUCUCUCCAUCUCUCUCAUCCCUUUCCUUCUUUUGCCUAAAAAGAAGGGAUUUUGAUAUUAUUUUGGGCUCCGUAACUCGCUUCUCUGCUUCUUCUUCUACUAACGUGCAUACAAAGCUGCAGCUGCAACAGAAACCUGCUCUUUCCUUUUUGGAGUGGAGUAUUCUGGUUUUCUUCACCCGCACUUGUUUCUUCGACAUUUUCUGUGCUUUCUUUCUCCUUUCGCUGCUUUAAUGAAAGCCAUCUGAAGAUUGUUUGAGUUAACAAUGGCUGAGAAAUCCGGGCGCAGAGCUCCAUUUGAAAGAGGAGUUGAGCAGGCUAUUGUUGCCCUAAAAAAGGGCGCCCAUCUUCUGAAAUGUGGAAGAAGAGGAAAGCCCAAGUUCUGCCCUUUCAGGCUCUCCACUGAUGAGAAGUCACUAAUUUGGUAUUCUGGUGAGAAGGAAAAAUGUCUGAAGCUGAAUACUGUAUCUAAAAUCAAUGCUGGACAGAAAACAGGUAAUUUUCACAGACAGUUUCAACCUGACAAGGAGCGUCAGUCCUUCUCCCUUGUUUAUCAGAAUGGUGAAAGAUCCCUUGACUUGAUUUGUAAAGAUAAGGAGCAGGCUGAUUGCUGGGUUUUAGGCUUGACAUCAUUGUUGUCUAUUUCUAAUCAUCCUAGACCUCUGUCUUUCCUGAGAACCGCUCGAUCAGCGCAUAGUUGCAUGAACAGUCCAGUAACCCAUUUAUCAACGAAGUAUACUUUAAAAUUCCUGCAUGAUUCAACUCGGCUCCCACAGAUCUGCAGUGAAUAUGGAAGCCCGCCGAGGAAACUAGCAGAGAAUGUUUGUCCGGAUGGUUUCGUAGAUGCUUCUGAUUUGCUUAAUUCGUUCAGACAAAGGACCUUAUCGGAUGUGCAGCAGCAAAUAAUGGAUGAAAAGCUUCCCUUUUUAUCUCACAAGACCUAUAAAAUAAAAGAACAAAUCAUGAAUUCCAGUUCUAAAACAAGCCCGCCUGAUACAGGUGAUUCUUUGAAGGACGUUUUCAUGUGGGGUGAAGGAGUUGGAAUAUUUUUCGGUGAAAAGUCCAAUGCUUUUGAGACCGAUGGCAUCAAAACCGAUUUUUUGCUUCCCAGGUUGUUGGAAUCCACACAAAUUCUGGAUUUGCAGAGCUUCUCUUGUGGAGAAAAGCACGCUGGAUUUGUCACGAAACAAGGUGAAGUCUUCUGUUGGGGUGAGGGAAAUGGUGGGAAAUUAGGACAUAAGAUAAAUUUGGAUAUUACAUAUCCCAAACUUGUCGAAUCAUUAUGCAACGUUUCUGUGCAAACAAUAGCUUGCGGUUCAAACCAAACUUACGCCAUAACUCGUUCUGGAGAACUAUACACAUGGGGUAAUGGUUAUGCUAUGGAAGAGAGUAAUCGAAUCCAUUGGAUACCUUGUAAAAUGUCUGGUAAUCUUAUCGGUAUUAAGGUACUGAAAGUCGCAUGUGGAGAGUGGCAUACAGCCAUUGUGUCUGGUUUUGGUCAGCUGUUCACAUAUGGAGAAGGGAUAUUUGGAGCACUCGGCCAUGGAAAUCAGCAGAGCUAUUCUCAGCCAAAAGAAGUUGGAUCUCUUAAAGGUCUACGAGUCAAGUCGGUCGCUUGUGGACCGUGGCACACUGCCGCCAUUGUUGAGGUUCCGUUUAGCCGCUUCAAGAGCAGUACGUGGAGCGGAAAGCUGUUUACUUGGGGAGAUAGUGAUAAAGGGAGACUUGGUCAUGGUGAUAAAGAACGAAAACUCAUUCCAACAUGUAUUGCUUCGCUUGUGGACUGUGACUUUGUUCAGGUUUCAUGUGGAAGAACACUAACCGUUGCGUUAACCGUUAACGGCUUAGUGAUUACUAUGGGAAGUGCAACGAAUCGAGCUGAUGAUACAUCGAUUAGAACGGUUGGAGGUUGUCUGAAGAACGAGUUUGUGAAGGAUCUGUCGUCUGGUUCGUUUCAUGUGGCCGUUUUGACGAGUAAAGGAAAUGUUUUUACUUGGGGUAAGGGGGACAAUGGGAGGCUUGGAUUAGGUGAUACAAAAGAUAGAGAUUCUCCGGCUUUAGUAGAAGCUUUGCAAGGCAGGAACGUGCAAAAUAUAGUUUGUGGACUCAAUUUCACUGCCGCUGUUUGUCUGCACAAAUCUGUUUCCAGCAAAGAUCAGAUUUUGUGCACUGGUUGCCGGAUGUCUUUUGGUUUUACUCGAAAGAAGCACAAUUGCUAUCUUUGCGGAUAUGUGUUCUGCCAUUCGUGCAGCAGUAAGAAGGCUUUGGGUGCGUGUUUGACGCCGAAAAAAGCGCGGAGAAGUCGUGUUUGUCAUUCUUGUUAUAAUCGGCUCUCAAAGAUUGAAUCUUUGAGAGUGAUUAAUGAAAUCGGUAGUCCGAGGCAGUUUUCGAUGACAAGUAAGGGAGUUUCUGAUUUGAGAAUUAACAAAGAUGAAUCUUUCUUUUUUCUGCCGAAAAUAUUUACUCCGAAAUCUAUUGUGCAUGAUGAAUCUUUGUUGAAUGAGGGAAAGAUUAUGUCGUUGAGAAGUGUUGAUUUGCAGAAUAAAGAUCAAUUUUUGUUUGGUGGAGCGCAGAAAUGGGGUCAAGUGUCGCGCCCACCUCGGUUCAAGAAUGACGUGAGAGAGGAGUCUAUGAUGUUUGUUUCAAAAUCCAAGGGAGGAGUUUCAGAAGAUGCAAAUAAACUAAAUCGUUCAAAAUCUAUGCUUCCAAAAGCAAGCAGCUUAAAACAAAAUUCCACAGAAUUGGAGAAGUUUCUUGCGGAAGAAUUACAACAACUGCAAGCUAAGGCUAUAUCACUAACACAACAAUGCCAAAGUAAAAGUCUGAAACUCGAAGAAUAUAAGCGCAGACUUGAAGAAACCAGUUUGGUAGCAAAGGAUGAAGCUGCGAAGUGCAAGGCGGCAAAGAAUGUUAUUAAAGUUUUAAGAACACAGGCUUCUUCAGAGCAUCAUGUUUCUUGCACACUCCGUGAUUGUUCAAUUCAUGCGCUCAGUUAUAUUGUUUUGUUGCGGUGUCCUUGGGACAACGAACUCAUGUCUGACCCCCUCUGUAGCACAGAAAUUCCUGAACUUCUGAUCACGAUACUCGUCAUCAUUAUCUGA